AUGUCCUAUUCAUUGAACUUGAUGUCACCCACUGCGGUCUACUCAAUUGCUUUUAAAGUAUUGACUUUGGCUUAUAUUGUCUACAGAUCAUACGCUCACAAGUCAUUAACAAACACUGGUAUUGCUGCUGCUUUCAUAACAGGCGUGAUACAUUCAUUGCCACCUUCAAACCUCUUCCUAGUGCUAAUUGUUGUUUUCUAUCUGACUUCUUCCAAAGCUACCAAGUUCAAAGAUGAGAUCAAAUCCAAAAAGACCAAGAUUCCAGCAGAUAAGAACAGCUUAACAACUUCACAUACACAAAGAACACAUAUUCAAGUCUUAGCCAACUCAAUUGUUGCAUCAAUUCUUAUUUUAAUAUCGAUAUUCACCAAAGAUGAAAAAAUACAAAACAUAUUGAAGGCUGGUGUUGUUUCUCAAUACGCUGCUGUCAUUGCUGACACUUGGUCCUCCGAAUUAGGUAUCCUUUCAAAGACGGACCCAUUCUUGAUAACAAACUUCAAAACUGUCCCACCAGGCACAAAUGGAGGUGUUUCGAACGCUGGGCUCUUGAGUGGUCUUGCAGGUGCUUCAUUGAUAAGUGCUGUCUCAGUGGUGACUUACACAGAACAAAAGUUUGUAUUGUGGAUUUAUUUCAGUUUUAUUGGAUUAUUGGGAUCAGCGAUUGAUUCAUUGCUCGGUGCUUUCUUACAGGCUUCUGUUAUUGAUAAGAAGGACGGAUUAAUCUUGGAAUCCUUGGGUGGAUCAAAAAUCAAUGAGACCUACUUUCCGGAUCUGAUAUUUUGA